GUAACAGUAACUGAUUUUUCAUAUAUUGUUUGGAUUCGGCCAUUUUGAAGUGAGGAAGGUAAGGGAGAAGAUGUGCAAUUGUUGUCAUUCAUAUAUAUACUGCAGUGUCUAUCGUUGCCAUUGAUAAUUUAAUGAAUACCUAUUUCCAAAAAAUAGUUAUUUUUAACAGAAAUAAUAAUUCUAUAUAAAAAUAAAAAAGAAAAUUUCCUUGUACAUAUUCCUUGGUCGGCCAUGUGUAUAAGUACAUCGUUUAAAAUGUCUUCACAACCCAUACUGAACAGCCAAUAAGGAGAGGGCGGUAAAACCACGUGACCGUUGCUGGCCAAUCGUCAGGACGAAAUUUGAAAUCGUGCGUGGUCUUUGUUCACUAUCCUCCCGUCAACGUUACUUCAGUUCCGUAAAGGGGGCCUUGUGUCGGUGUCCGUUUAUACAUGGUCGCUGCCAAAAAUCGCAUAAUUCUCUUGUAAAUAUAUGUGUGAAAGUGGUGCUUGGCCGCGAGGACGACGUGAUUUAAGGAUUGUCAAACAUACGGGUCAUCGUUGCACAGACGCAUAUGAGAAGGGGAGAGAAAUUGCGUGACCUAUUUGCAUACAACGGCGGAGAGGAGAGAAAAAAAUGUAACGUCGUCGAGACUCGGGGAGUCCAGGUCAUGAACAUUAUCGGCGGAAGUGUGGCCCGUUGAGGAAGUAGCCGUCAGGUGAAUGUUGGAUACGGAGAGCAGACACGGUACUGAGCUGGUUCAGGGACCGACGCGGGACCCUUGGCUCACGAUGGAUUACUAUCUUGGUACAGAUAGUUUAUCGUUGCAAGAGAUGCUCGAUGUCGAUAUCAAAUGCGAAAUCGAGGGUGUUAUCGGCGGGCAUACGGAGUUGGGCUUUAAUUUCACCGACAUGUCCGCUCUAGAAAUGGACGAUGAUCCCAUUGGAUGUCAAAAUGAUCUUAGUGGAUGGUUUGGAUCCACCAGUUUACUUAAUGGAAAUAGCAAUAGCUCGAACAGGUGUUUAAUUUCAAUCUUGACCUUAGUGGAAGCGAUGCAGCCUCCAUUAUGGUAAAUCCUAACUCGGUGAUGCCGCACAUGGCACUUCGAAGUCCUACUCCAAAUAAUAACAGACGACACUUUUCAUUUUCACCGAAAAAAGACUUAAAAGAGAAAAUUGAUAUCGAAGAAGAGAUAGAGAAUGAAGGUAGGAAUUAUACAGAAAACGAGAACGAAAAUGAGAAUGAAAAUGAAAAUGAGAAUGAGAAUGAAAAUGAGAAUGAAAAUGAGAAUGAGAAUGAGAAUGAGAAUGAGAAUGAGAAUGAAAAUGAGAAUGAGAAUGAGAACGAAAAUGAGAAUGAAAUUGAAAAUGAAAAUGAAAACGAAAAUGAAAAUGAAAAUGAAAAUGAACAAGAAAACGAAAUCGAAAAUGAUACCGAGACAGAACAAUAUGAAAACGAUAUCACAGAAACCGAAGAAGAUUCCGAGGAUGAGCAGGAAGUCUCGAAAUCGGUGACACCGUCCAAAUCGAAAACGAUCUCAAUAUCAGCUACUAAAAUGACAUCCCCACAAUACACGAAAGCACAGACCACCCCGAAAAUAAACGGUAUGUCUGGCAUCAGGAUUCAGAACUUCAAAGUAUUACAGAGUUCCAACCAGAUGCCUCAACAUGUGCGAAAGCAGAUCUACAAUAACAAUGUACACAUCAAUCCAGGAUCUACUACUAUCAGUACAGUGAAAAGAGAGAAAGAAUUCGAUCUAUCAGACUAUGAUGACAAACCCUAUCCUAAACCGGCUUACUCUUAUUCUUGUCUGAUUGCAAUGGCAUUAAAAAAUAGUCAGACAGGCUCUCUACCGGUUUCGGAAAUUUAUAAUUUUAUGUGCGAGCAUUUUCCAUAUUUCAAGACUGCACCAAAUGGUUGGAAAAAUUCAGUUAGACACAAUUUAUCAUUAAACAAGUGCUUUGAAAAAAUCGAAAAGCCUGCUGGAAAUGGAAAUCAGAGAAAAGGAUGCUUAUGGGCUAUUAAUCCAGCAAAAGUAGCAAAGAUGGAUGAAGAAGUACAAAAAUGGUCCAGAAAGGAUCCUUUAGCUAUUAAAAAAGCAAUGAUAUAUCCAGACCAUUUGGAAUUGCUUGAAAGAGGUGAAAUGAAAUAUGCAGGCAGUGGUGAUGUAUCUGAAGAAACAGAAAGUUCAGGUGAUGAAGCAGUUGAAGAAAGCACAACAUAUGAAGAAUCUAUUCACGGUCACAUAACUGCGAAUUCAGUGACAGAUAGUUAUGAUGAAAGCAGUCAGGAUUGUGAUAUAGACAUUCAUGAGCAUUUAUAUGAUGAAAUAGAUAUCGAGGACAAUAAAGAAGCAUUACACAUGCAUUUAAAUAUUUCAAAACAAGAACCAUUUGAAUAUGAGCUUAAUUCCGGUACGAAAAGACAAAAAACGUUAACCGGUGCAAUACAAGGAAAUUAUGUGUAUCAACCUGUGACUACUUCACGAAGAAAAACACCUCUUCUUGUACGAGCUGGUGCAGGAAACAGCUCAUUUCUUAAAAUUGAUUAAGUUUAGAUUUAUCAUCUAAUUAUAAAUUACCAAUUUUAUACGUAUCUAUAGUUAUAGAUAAAUCGACAAAUAUAACGCUUCAGAGAGAAAAUAUUUGAUACAUAAAAAAUC